AUGGCCGAGUCAAAAUCAACUUCUGAGGCUGGGUGGGAGACUCCAGAGGAGACGGAUACGGAGAUUGACUUCACGAAGCCACCCCCAAGCGACGAGGAAAUGGGAUGGAAACCGUCGGACACGUUCUUCGCGACGAAUCUUGAUGCACUUGACUUGAGCGUACCGUUGGAAAAAUUCAACGAGGGGGUGAUGAGCAAGGUGUGGAAAAUGCGUCUCCGAGCAGGCUGGAAGGAAGCACCGUCCCGUCCGGCCGUCCUCAAAAAGUCCUGUGCACAGCUCGUGGGACUCCGAGAUUUCGACAACUUCAGUGUUGUCUAUGCGAAGCCCCCGGAGAGCCACGUGUACACCAAAACAGGUACCACCAUUAUCCUGCCGUCUGCAGAUGAUAGGUAUAGAGAUUUGCCACCUGACUCCCUGGCGGAAACAGAUACUGACGUGUCCCAGCUGCUCAAGGUGCCCUACACAUUCGUCGAUUCCAAGGAAUUAGUCACGAGCAUGCUCGAUGUUUUGCCAACAUCUCACUCAGAGCAACCGCAACUCAGUAUAGACCUUGAAGGUCUUGAUCUUGGCAAGAAGAAAGGUGAGAUCCACUUGGUGCAGCUUUACGAUUCUUUCAGCCACCAUCUCUAUAUCAUCGACGUAUGCACGCUGGGCCCUGCAGCAUUCUCCACCCCAGCCAGUGAUGGCAAAAUGACAUUGAGAAGGAUCCUGCAGUCAGCUUGGAUCUUCAAACUCUUUUGUGAUGUUCGCAGUGACUCUCGUGCUCUGUUCCAAGAGUUUGAGAUCCAUCUUCGUGGCAUCAAAGACAUCCAGAACAUUGAGCUGGCCUCUCGCCGGGAUCCCACAGGACGCCAGUGGCGACGUGGUCUACCUCGAUUGAUUGACCGAUAUGCUGACUUGUCCAAAGAGCAGAUGAACGAAUUCCAGGCAUACAAGAACAAUGGUAGAGAGAUCUGCGAGAAGUGGGGAUUCGUUCAAUUCAGUGUACGCCCGCUCCGCAAAGACCUCACAGUGUAUGCGGCCAACGACGUGUUGUAUUUGCCACGGAUAUACAGCAAUCUGAUCAAAGACAUGUCGUCGGAGCGGUCUCAAAGUGCUGAUGCUGCAACGCAGGAGAGCAUCCUCCGAACACAUUGUCUCGACUACGACCCGGACCAGAGUGGAAUGCGGAUGAGUGCUGCAGACUGGCAUUGUGACUAUCCUGACGAUCAUCUGCCCAAUGCGAACAUUUUUUGGGAGCCAUAA